GGCUGCGGUCCCAUCGCUGUUUUGCUGUUGGCUUACGGUCUGCGAUGUACGUGUCCUGAUUGGACAGCGUUCCCCACUGCUGUUCGUGAGAGAUGAUUUCCGCUAGCCGUUGUUUGACAUUAACGAUUGACGGGAGUACCCCAGUUUAGAGGCCGUUGAUGGACCAUCCGUAUGAAGAGGCGAGGUCAGAAUGGGUCAGCGCGUCUCGGAACCAGAGGUCCAAGGGGACGCCUCCGAGCAGGCCGGGUUCAAUAACAUUAAGACGUUUGUGGAGGAGGAGCUGCAGACGAGCAUGAUGAUGGGGAUGGUCAUUGGCGCGGGUAUCGUCAUAGUCCUCAUCGCCGUCCUCAUCUUCUUCAUUUUACGAAGGAUUCAGCUUCGAAACUUGGAAGCCCAGGAAGUUCCAAAGUACCGCUUCCGCAAGAGGGACAAAGUCAUGUUCUAUGGGCGAAAGAUCAUGCGCAAGGUGUCCCAGUCUACCUCUUCCCUAGUGGGCACCUCCUCCUCAUCACGCCCACGCCUGAAAAAGAAGCAGAAGAUGCUCAACAUUGCCAAAAAGAUCCUGCGCUUUAAGAAGGAGGUGCCCAUCCUUCAGGCCAAGGAGCCACCCCCUUCCGUGCUGGAGGCGGACCUCACAGAGUUUGACGUGGCCAACUCCCACCUGCCGUCCGAGGUGCUCUACAUGCUCAAAAACGUCCGUGUGCUGGGUCACUUUGAGAAGCCCCUGUUUCUGGAGCUGUGCAGACACAUGGUGUUCCUGCAGUUCCAGCAGGGAGAGCAUGUGUUCCGCCCGGGUCAGCCGGAUAGCAGCAUCUACGUCGUCCAGGAUGGGAAACUGGAACUGUGCCUUACUGGAAUGGAUGGAAAGGAGAACGUGGUGAAGGAGGUUUACCCAGGAGACAGCGUCCACAGCCUUCUCAGUAUCCUGGACGUCAUCACGGGCCACCAGAAGCCCUACAAGACCAUGUCGGCGCGGGCGGCCGAGGUCUCCACCGUGCUCCGACUCCCCGUGGAGGCCUUCCUGUCCAUAUUCGAGAAGUACCCCGAGAGUCUGGUGCGGGUAGUACAGAUCAUCAUGGUUCGACUACAGAGGGUGACUGUACUGGCUCUGCAUAACUACCUGGGGCUCACCAAUGAGUUGUUCUGCCAUGAAAUGCAGGCCUUGCGUCUGCCGCCGGUGCCCCCCCACCAGCCCCGGACCAGCCCCAUCCGGCACGGCAAGCGCUUCGGCAGCCUGACCGUCACGGAGGAGCACCGGGAGGCCGCCGUCAAGGGCGAAGGUGGGGAAGCGGGGAAAGACGGAACGACAGUGCCAACGCUCAGCAGAACCAUCUCCAUGCCGGUAGACAUCGCUGGGAUGCAGAAAAGCCUGCGCUCUGACUUUGACAUGGCCUACGAGAGGGGCCGCAUCUCUGUCUCCGCGGACGAAGGCAACACCCCGCCCACCAAGGACCUGAGGGAGAAGAGGGUAACCCUGGACGAGGCCCCCUCCGGGGUCUACCUGUACCCAGAGGAGGAGCUGGGGGCCGACAGCAUCUUCUCCUCCAGCCCCGGCAAGCCUAGCGGCACCGUGUUCGAGGAGGCCCAGAAGGAGAUCCUCAAACUCAUGAAGAUCGAGGACCCUGCCUUGUUGAACGGGAGGGUCACACUGCACCAAGCCAAAGCCGGUGCUGUCCUGGCAAGACAAGGAGACCAGGACGUGAGCCUGCACUUCGUCCUGUCAGGCUGUCUGCACGUGUACCAGCGCAUGAUCGACAAGCAGGAGGCCGUGUGUCUGUUCGUGACCCAGCCCGGGGAGAUGGUGGGCCAGCUGGCCGUUCUCACCGGGGAGCCCCUCAUCUUCACCAUCAAGGCCGUGCGCGACUGCACCUUCCUCAAGAUCUCCAAGUCGGACUUCUACGAGAUCAUGAGGGAACAGCCCAGCGUGGUGCUGAGUGCAGCCCACACCGUGGCCGUGCGCAUGUCGGCCUUCGUCAGGCAGAUGGACUUUGCCAUCGACUGGAUCGCGGUGGAGGCCGGCAGGGCCCUCUACAGGCAGGACGACCGGUCGGACUGCACCUACAUCGUUCUGAACGGACGCCUGCGUUCGGUCAUCCGCAAGGCCAACGGCAAGAAGGAGCUGGUGGGGGAGUACGGCAGAGGAGACCUCAUAGGAGUGGUGGAGGCCCUGACCCGACAGCCCCGCGCCACCACGGUGCACGCCGUCCGCGACACGGAGCUGGUCAAACUGCCCGAGGGAACGCUCAACCACAUCAAGAGACGGUACCCCCAGGUGGUGACACGUUUAAUCCACCUGCUGGGCCAGAAGAUCCUGGGGAACCUGCAGCAGGGCCAGGGGCCCUUUGCAGGGUCAACGAUGGGCCUGUCGUCCGUGACCUCCAGCCCGGACGUCACCAACCCCGCCAGCAAUCUGUCCACGGUGGCGGUACUGCCCGUCUGUGACGAUGUGCCCAUCAACGCCUUCAACCUGGAGCUCAGUCACGCCCUCAACGCUAUUGGCCCCACCCUCCUGCUGACCAGUGAGAUCAUCAGAGAGCGACUCGGUGCCUCUGCCUUGGACAGCGUCCACGAGUACCGUCUGUCCGGCUGGCUGGCGCAGCAGGAGGACAUCAACCGGAUCGUCCUGUACCAGUCGGACCUCACCAUGACCCCCUGGACCCAGCGCUGCAUCCGACAGGCCGACUGCAUCCUCAUCGUGGGGCUGGGGGACCAGGAGCCCGCCCUGGGACAGCUGGAGCAGAUGCUGGAGAACACGGCGGUGCGGGCCCUGAAGCAGCUGGUGCUGCUGCACAAGGAGGACGGGCCGGGCCCCUCCAGGACGGUGGAGUGGCUCAACAUGCGCAGCUGGUGCUCCGGACAUCUGCACCUCAAGUGCCCGCGCCGGGUCUUCUCCAGACGCAGCCCCACCAAACUGAGGGAAGUGUACGAAAAGGUGUGCGAGAAGACGGUGGACCGACACAGCGACUUCUCGCGGCUGGCCCGGGUUCUGACGGGAAACAGCAUCGCCCUGGUGCUGGGGGGAGGGGGGGCCAGGGGCUGCUCCCACGUGGGGGUGAUCAAGGCCAUGGAGGAGUCGGGGAUCCCCAUCGACAUCGUGGGCGGGACCUCCAUCGGCUCGUUCAUCGGGGCGCUGUACGCAGAGGAGAGGAGCGCCGUCCGGACCAAGCAGAGAGCCAGAGAGUGGUCCAAGGCCAUGAACUCUGUGUUCAAGACCGUGCUGGACCUGACCUACCCCAUCACCUCCAUGUUCUCUGGCUCUGCCUUCAACACCAGCAUCUACAAAGUGUUUCUGGACAAGCAAGCUGAGGACCUGUGGUUGCCCUACUUCAACGUCACCACGGAUAUCACGGCCUCGUCCAUGCGCGUGCACCAGGACGGCUCACUGUGGCGCUAUGUGCGGGCGAGCAUGACCCUUUCGGGGUACCUGCCGCCCCUCUGCGACCCCAAAGACGGCAACUUGCUAAUGGACGGGGGCUACAUCAACAACCUGCCAGCGGACAUUGCCAGAAACAUGGGCGCCAAAACGGUCAUAGCCAUCGAUGUGGGGAGCAAAGACGAGACGGACCUCUGUAACUACGGCGACUCCCUGUCGGGUUGGUGGUUGCUAUGGAAACGCAUUAACCCCUGGGCAGAGAAAGUGAAGGUGCCGGACAUGGCGGAGAUCCAGUCGCGGCUGGCCUACGUGUCGUGCGUGCGGCAGCUGGAGCUGGUGAAGAAGAGCGCCUACUGCGAGUACAUCCGGCCGCCCAUCGACCGCUUCAAGACCAUGGACUUCGGCAAGUUCGACGAGAUCCACGACGUGGGCUACCAGCACGGCAAGCUGCUGUUCACCGGCUGGGCCCGCGGUGACAUCAUCGACAACAUGCUGAAGGACCACCGCUCGGCGGACUACAACGACAGCAAGAGGAACGACACAUGUACCCGUCCUGCGGCAGACUUCACGGACCUGGCGGAGAUCGUGUCCAGGAUCGACCCGGUCCAGAGCUACGUCGCCGAGGACGCCGAGGAGUCGGACGGGCUGACGGAGUACGAGGAGGACGGGAUGGACACGGUGAGGGAGGAGGAAGGCGAGGAGGAGGAGGAGGACGACGACGACGGAGAGUCCCCCGGAGACCAGUCCCCCGGAGACCUGUCCCCUGGAGAGUGGGGCCCCAACGGGGUGUUCCAGACGGAUGAGGACAAAACGGUGCGUCAGCGAAGGAAGUUCACCCUGGACUCGAACACCUCGGAGGUGUCGGACUGCUGACGGCUGGGCGAGGAGCCUGA